AUGCAGAACGAUGCAGGAGAAUUCGUUGAUAUGUAUGUGCCAAGGCGUUGCGAUGUUAGCAACCAGUUGAUUGGCGCUAAAGACCACGCCUCCAUUUCCAUUCGGCUGGCCGAAGUUGAUCACAACACCGGCCGAAUGACAGGAAAGUGCAAGACAUUUAACAUCUCUGGCCAAGUUAGAGCUAUGGGUGAAUGCGAUGAUUCCCUUAAUAGGUUAGCACUUAAGGCCAAGAUGCUGCCAAAGGACUUCUGCGAAUAA